UACUGGGGGAAGACGUGCACAAGAUUCACGAAUGCUUUUGGUUCUACUUGCAUGGCUGAGAAACUGGAAUGAGUCUCGAGACAAUCAUUAAAAAUAGAAAUGCAACACCUGAGCAAAAGCCAACCUCCUUUAAUGUUCAAGUAAAUAGCGUUCAAAAGUGUUCACCUUAGUUCUUAUAAUCCCAAUCAGUUCUUUCCAUUCUCUUCCAUUUUCUCCAUGAUCUAGUUAAAGACAGUGUCAUCAAGUACCCAGCUCCCCACGGAACACAACAGAACAAUGCUGGGUAUUACGCGGUACUUCUGGUUUACCAUUUGCCUUGGUGCAGUUCUUGCCCUCUGCUUGCUGUUUUUCACGGACACGAUCAACAAUGGUUCAAUGAAGAGUGUAUAUAAUAGGCGUCGUCAAACAGAAAAGUCGGUAAUUUCAAAGAGGCUGCGAGACUUCCGACACGAGUGGCUUCGUCAGCGCCGUGCACGCGUAGACUGGAACAACAUUUUUGAGCCUUGUGUCGACAAUAUGGUCUGGGGAUUAGUGAAAGAUCAUUGGGGCAAAACCAAUAGAAGCAACGCUGCGACAAGUGAGAUCAUAUUCAAAGACAUCAGGCCAGCGGGAGAGUUCAGCAAGAUUUUCAUCCAGUCAAAAACCUCAGACAAUCGCACGAAGUUGAUUGGUGGAGACACCUGGAGGGUUUACGUACGCGGCCCGGCAAGCAUUGCGGCCACUGUUUUCGAUCACAAUAAUGGAACUUACGAGGCUCUAUUUCUCAUCACGGAGCCUGGUGUCUAUCAGCUAAUUAUUUACCUUGAUUACAGUCUUUGUGAUGGCUUCAAAGACCCACCUCGUGAUUGGUUCAUUAAGGGUGACGCUCAGGGCGCCCACCAGAAAGAUGGAUUUCUGGGUCCUUUAGAUGAAUAUUUGGUGAAACAGCCAUUCAACAAUGGACAACCUGCCUUAACAAUAAAUGUAAUUAAGGCCCAACUUAAAGGCUCUCUUUCUGGUAAGAAGAGGGUUGCCCUCUUCAAUGCCUACUCUAUGUCAGCCAUGUGCAAAGCAGGAUUUGACGUCAUAGACGUGUAUUCAUUGACCGAUUCGUAUCCACUUCGGUGCCGAGACCAUGUUCAUUACAGCAAAGACGUUUUUGACAUGACGGAGACAAUGCUUGAGCAGUACAAAGUACACUAUAACAAGAAGCUCGACGAAAAUGAAAAACAUGGUAAAAUAAAACAAUGUGUAAGUGCAGAACACUUCUGAAAGCGUAAGUGGAAUACAGUUGAAAGGUAUGUUUGUAAAGAUUGGCAGUAAACAGUUUCGCUGAAGUGUUAGUGCAGGUUACUGAAUAAAACUGUAAAAACCACACCCUAGUCCAACGUUUUUAUUUCUUAAACUUGUCGACCUCGCGGUCAGGAAAUUACAUAUUGCCACGUAACUAUGAAUACAAUGAAAACUGUGUGGGGUGGGGUAAGAAUUUACCUCAUACAGAAAUAAGGUUUUGGAAAAUUCAAAGUUAGUGGGAGAUAAAUUUAAAGAGGUAGAGAAAAGAUGAUAGCGUUUUCCUAUGCGAAAGUAGUCAAUCGAUCUUCAUCGAGGAAUCUGACUCCAAGUGACUUCUAAGCACCUUAUAAUUUCUCAACAUUGAAAAAGGCUUAAAUUAGUCUUAAAAGUCGUUAUUAAUGAUAUUUUUAUUGGUGGCGAAGUUUUUUGCAGCGGCAUUGUUGCACAAGACUAAAUUUCAUUCAGCUGAACCUCUGCAAUCAAAGCUCUUUACUUAAGAAUUUGCCUUACGUUUAGAUAAAGAUUUUUUUACUGCAGUCUCUAGGAGUUCGUUCGUAGCUUUUGUGGUAAUCGCAUUCGAAGAGAAAUGGACAACUUGGCAGUUGUAACUCAACCUUGAGAUGGUGCAACCUCGUGGAAUCUCGUUUUCAUGUCUGGUGAGACUUGAAAACGAGACAGAUGGCAAACACCUGGCCACGCGAUACAACUGUCGCGCAUGCCUAGAUUAGUAUGCUGUUUCGUUUCGCUGUAUUUCUUUGUAUGAACUAAAAUAGGCCCUUUGCAGCUGGG